CUUUCAUUGAUUGAUCAACAUGGCGGCCUCCAUGAAACAAUUGUAGAAUGGCUGUUAAACGUGGACAUAUUGACCUUGACCCAGAUUAUGAAGAUGUUACAGAGCAGCAGUCAAAGAGACAAAGAGUAUUUGAAGAGGAUGCUAAGGAAGCAACAAGACGUAAGAUUGAGAAUAUUAUUCACGGUCAGUUUACAAUGGAAAUACAGAACAAAGAAGAAGAAGUAGACGAGGCUGAUCAGAAAUUAAAUCAAAGUAGAAUGGUAAUGGAUAGACUUAGGGCUUGCAUCAUAGCUAACUUUUAUUCGAAAGCAGGACAGCAGAAAUUCUCACAGAUAAAACAAAAUCCUAAUGAGCCACCAUAUAUCCAUCCAACUGUGAAAGAACAUAUAGGUAAAGCUCCAAAAAACUAUAUGUCACUGGAGACCUCCAAUAAGGGAGAUAACCUACCAUCUGUUGACUUAAGUAUUGUGAAGAAAGAACCUGAUGAGGCUUCCGUUGGUAAUCCUUGCUUAUCUAAAUGUGAAACAGUUGGGAAUAUAGAAAGUGAAAAGAUGAAGAUUGAUCAAGAUGAUGGGAGAAGUUCAAGAUUUAAAACGAAGAAGAGAAUUGUAAUGGGGAAUGUCUCAAAGUAUAUACCUGUAGACCGCAGAGAGGAGAAUGACCAAUCAACACACAAAUGGAUGGUGUAUGUUCGAGGUUCUAAAGAGGAACCAAGAAUUGAUCAUUAUGUAAAGAAAGUUUGGUUCUUUCUUCAUCCUAGUUAUAGACCUAAUGAUUUAGUGGAAGUAAGUCAACCCCCAUUCCAUCUAACCAGAAGAGGAUGGGGUGAGUUCCCAGUCAGAGUGCAACUUCAUUUUAAGGAUCAAAGAAACAAAAGAGUGGAUAUUAUUCAUCAGCUUAAACUUGACAGAACUUACACAGGAUUACAAACUCUUGGAUCUGAAACACUUGUUGAUAUUGAACUGGAAAAAGAGAAAAAUGAUGAAAAAUUGACUACAGUUUCUUUGCCAGUGACCUUUGAUCUGAAGAACCAGUUAAAAUCUGACAAACAACUAGUGCAUGAAAAUAAUGUAACAAUUCCAGAAAAGCAGUCACCUAAAAAGAAGGUGACAGUGACACCUUCUGUAAAUGGAAUACAUAUUUCAGGGGAUACAAAUGGCAUUGGUGUUGUGCAAACUUUGAUCACAAAUCCAACAUGCAGUACUGUGUCAGAUAAGAUAAAGAAUUCUGGUAAUUCUUUGACAAAUUCAGUUAGCAAUACUAAAAAUGGCUCUCCAGUGCAACUUGUGUUAGGAGGUGUUGGGUCUGUGACAAAUCCAAAUUUUCCAGAUGCAAGGGGAGAUAAUAAAAAUAAAACACCAGCAAAAGGAGUUAUCCUUUGCAGUGAAAAGGGAGACAAAUCUCCCUCCUCUGUGAAUAAGAAGGAAUCAAAUUCAGCUGUGAUUUUACAAGGCAUUGGUUCACUAAGUACAAAACUAGCACCAAGUCAGAAUCAGAUGAGAAUUAUUAGUGGAAACUUACCACAUAGUCAUUUAAUUGCACAGACUUGUUUGUCAAAAACUGGCAUAGUGAAUGCAUCACUCACAUCUAAAACUGCUAUCGUCCAGCCAAUACUUAAUGCUGUAAAUAGAAGUGGACAACAAUCAGAAUCUCUUGUAAAAACAUCUAAAGGUAAUUUGAUCCUCGGGCAACAAAUAAUUGGCAAUAAUACCCUCAUUGUUCAACCUAGUAUACAGGCAAACAAACUCAAUACAAUGAUUGUCAAGCCAACUGUACAGAAAACUCAGUCAAACAUGUUACUGAUUCAGACUGUUCCACAGGCAACCAGACCACUUACUGUUCCUUCAGCAACAAAAUCUAAUGCUGUGGUGGUACAGCAACCUUUACAAGCUACAAAACCUAAUACUUUGUUUGUAAAUCCGACAUUGUUGGUAUCUCAGGCUAAAACAUCCAUUGUACAACCUUCAGUUAAAUCUGGUGCUGUUACUUUACAAGUGUCAAGUAUUGUACAGCCUGCAACGCAAGCUUCUAAAUGUGUAGGAGCUAGUCAACAAUCACAGCUUAUGAACAUUUUAAAACCCUCAUCUGCUAGUUUAGUGCAGUCUGCACAACAAACAGCUAAACCUCCAAAUGUCUCUUCAGCUUCCCCAACAUCACCAGCCACUUCUCAGACAUUAUAUUACAGAUGUAAAGAUGCUCAAGGCAACAUUUUUUUAGUUCCACAGCAGUUGCUGAAACAGGUUAUUCAAUCUCCGGCCAAAUCAAAUACUCAAUCAGGACCACUGUUGUCUUCUGGAAGUACAACUUCUACAGUGUCAAGUGUAAAAGGAUCAGUAAGUUCUGCUGUUAUAUUCAGUACUAACUCUACAGCAGGUUCAAAACAGCAGACUCCAGCUGAUAAAGGAUUAGUCAAUCAGAACUUGCCUGUCAUCUUGGGUUCAGCCAAUAAGAAGUCUCCUAUCAUUUUGAGUUUGAACCAGACUGGUCAAGUUGUCAGUUCACAAUCAACAUCAGCCAAUCAAACUAAAUCAAUUUUGAAAAGUACAGUGCCAUUGGGUCAAGAUGCUAAUUCCUUAUUGAAACCAGCAUCUGUGAUAAGUGAGAAAAAUGUGAAAACUACAUCAGUUUCGAUUAAUUCAGUGGUAAGUGCAAAUGUAGGUCAACAGCAACUGACUUCUACAUCAUUAGUUACUACCAUUAUUUCUAACCCAUCACCAAGCAAAUUGAAAAAUGUCGGCAAUAUAAAGGCAAAUAUUACCUCAGUAUCUACAAUAUUAACUUUACCGCAGGCUUCAGUCACUAGUAUGAAGUCUGGAAAUAGUCUGUUACUGACAAUGAGUUCCGCUAAUGGAAAGACUGUUGUCAUGCCAACACAGAGUUUGAAUUCAAAUACCUCAGGGACAAAAGUAGGAACUUCACUACUGUUUCCAGGAAGUCAAAAACAAAUUGGAUUAAGCAAGAUCUGUCAAAGUAAUACACAAAAUACAAAUUCUAAUUCACUUGGAAAUAAAGGCAACUUGAAUGUUGGCUCUGUAGGAAAAGUUAACAUACUGGAACCAACCAUUAAAUCUUCUAAUUCAAAACCAUCGUCUGUUACAAUCACAACAUCAGCCUGUUCAAAAGCAGUUAUGAAUGUUUCUAGUUCAAUGUCAGAAAACCAGUGUCAAGGUCAGAUAUCUAGUCAAAAUCACCUUCAGGUGACAUCUCAAGGACUAAAAAUUAUUGUUAAUCCAUCUCAGAAGGCAAAUGGUGUAGGAAUAACUAAUCCAAAACCAGAAAUGUUUACUAUAAAUCAAGAAACAGUGCUUGCAAACAAAAACUUAUCGUCAAGUACAAGUGAAUCCAAAAUAAAUAUGAACACAGUAGAAAAUUUUAACACGAAAAGAAACAGUGUUAGCAUUUUACCUAAGGAAUUUCAGAUACCAGUGAUUUCAAGUUCUCAUCCGUCUUCGCUAUUGACUUCAACAAACGUUGUUAAGAAAACAGUGGCUGAUUAUUUGUCAACUUCUGCUCCAUCCUUGACCUUAAUGACAUCUUCAGUAAAAGGUGAGAGUCCAUCUUUACUGUCUGGUAAAAAAAACUCAAUAACAGGAACAGUUGGAGAUAAGAAAAUAGUUGUGGAUCUUUUAUCUGAAACUGAGCGCAGACUUGAAGCUUGUCGACCUGAAAAAAGAAUUAUUUGUUUACGUAAAAAAUCAGAUCAAAGAAGACCAUCAACACCCCCACUCAUAGUUGAGGAGAUCAAACCUAUCAGAACAGAAGAUUUUCCUGAUGUAUUGUCACUCAUCAGGGCAGCAGUCAGAAGGCACCCUAUUGUUUCUCUCACAGCAGAUAAAUAUCAACACCCUUACUGUGCCUCAACUUCUGCAGAAUGGUUGUCAUGGAAAGUUGGCAAAAGACGAGCUUCUGAAUGGCAAAGGGCUGCAUUCUGUAGAAAAUUUAUCUUAAACCACAUUAAAGGAGAAACCUACAAAGGGACAAAACUCUGGACUACCAAGCAGAUUAUGUUGUGGUGCAGAUUACAUGCAUUUAGUCCACACUAUCAAGAAUCAACAUUACAUCCAUUUGGUGUUGAACUCACAGCAGACAGAAUCGGCAAAAAAUUCUCAUCGGUCACAUGUCCAGUGGAAAUAGUUUCUAGUGAUCUAAAAGACGGCUCUACAAUAGAAAUAAAUGAGGAAGAAGAUGUGGACAUUAUUAACAUGGAACAAUUUAUUCCAAAGAAGAAAGUGGUUGAAGAAGAAACAAGAGACUUGAGUAAAAAUGAUAUAGUUAUACCUCCAUCAGACUCUGCAUUAUACAUUCAGGACACUUGUCAAAGGAUUGGAGUAAAGUUUGAGCCAACAGAACUUGAGCCUGGUGUUUGUGGUAAUGCUUCAGAAGAUAUGGUUUUUGCUGUCAUGAAGUCAUUCUUAGGUGAUAUAAUUACAGAAACAUUUGCUGGUAAAGUAACCAAUGGCAGAUAUCCUGACAGUUUAGGUAUGACUGAUGUGUUCCAAGCCUUGAGAAAUAUGUCACAAACAGACUUUCUGACGAACUGCCAUCUUGGUGUCAAGGUCACAGAAGGUUCAAAUUUACACAGAUGACACACAGAACAAAGGUCAUUUCCAUAGAAACAUUUAGACAUUUAACAGUUUGAUUGUAAUAACUUUACAUUUCACACUUUAACUGUCUUUCAUCCACGAACAAAAGUGUAUUAUUAUACUAUAUGUAAUAACUUUACAUUUCACACUUUAACUGUCUUUCAUCCACGAACAAAAAUGUAUUAUUAUACUAUACGUUAGAAUGACAGUUUUGAUUGAUUCUAAUGAGGGUAGCAUUCCACUCUAAACAACAGCUCAGUAGGUAACAAAUUUUUAUGCCCCUGCCGUAGCGGAGGGGGCAUUAAGUUUUACCCUUGUCCGUCUGUACGUACGUACGUCCGUACGUCCCAAAAUUAGUUUCCUUUCUCUAACUUGACUUUGCCUCAACCAAAUGUUAUGAAAGUUAUACACAAUGCUAAUUACCACAAAACACAGAUCAAGUUUGAAUUUUGGUGGCGUCACUUUAACCGUUCUAGAGUUAUGCCCCUUUAUUAAUGGAAAAAUUACAAAAUUUUUAGUUUCCGUUCUCUAACUUAAGUUUGCCUCAACCAAAUAUUAUGAAACUUAUACACAAUGCUUUUUACCACAAAACACAGAUCAAGUUGAUUUUGGUAGCAUCACUUUAAUCUUUAUCGAGUUAUGUCCCUUUAUAAAUCGAAAAAUUGCAAAAUUUUUAGUUUCCGUUCUGUAACUUAAGUUUGCCCUAACCAAACACUAUGAAACCUAUACACAAUACUUAUUACCUUAAAACUCAGAUCAAGUACAAAUUUGGGUAGUGUCACUUUUAUCGUUUUUGAGUUAUGUCCCUUUAUAAUGUUGUAUGCAAGCGGGGGCAUCAUCUGUGUCCAAUAUAACCCUCUAUUAUAAACCACUAAAAACUGGCAAAACAUAACAUUUAAAACACAAUUAUACCAGAACAUUCAACAUAAUAAAUAAGAUAGCCCUAGAGGGUAAAAAAGCAGAUUGUUUCUCCUAAAGAAUGCAUUGUUAAUCUUGGCUUUGCUUAGAUUGACAAUGUGUUAUUUUAGAUAACAAUCUGCUUUAUCCUCUUCUCAUCUGUGUUUUAUUGAUAUAUUCUCAAGCAGUCAACAUGAACAAAAGUGAUCAGGCAUGUGAGAUUAAUGUAUGUGAGAUCAAUGCAUGUGAGAUGUGAGAUCCAAGAAGUCUUUGAUAUUCAUUAACAACUAUGGACUGACAUUAAAAUUUAUUCUUAUAUACUGUUAAUUCAGAAAUUAUUGUGAGGUUUUUAUUAAAGCGAAAAAUGCGACUGACAGUAUUGCAAUAAUAAAAACUCGCAUUCUGAUAUCUGUUUACAUAUAACUGUAUGCAUAUUUUCCUGAAAUCACAAUAAUUAAUCUCGCAUUUGAGUCCAUUCUUCAAAAUUCGCAAUAACUAAUCUUGCAUUUGAGUCCAUUCUUCAAAAUUUGCAAUAAUUAAUCUCGCAUUUGAGUUCAUUCUUCAAAAUUCGCAGGGGCCUCGGUGGCCGAGUGGUCUAAGUAGUUACUACUGUAAUCACUAGCCAGUCAACACUGAGGUUGUGAGUUCGAACCCCGCUUGUGUGGGUGCACUCGACUCCAAUCUUAAUUGACUAGGAUUGUCAGUUUUCCAAUCGAAGGGUGGUGGUUUUCUCUUUGGGUACUCCGGCUUCCUCCACCAAUAAAAACUUGCCGCCACGAAAUAGCCCAAAAGCGGUGCUUAAAAGUGGCAUUAAAACACCAAAAAAUCAAAUCAAAUCAAAAUUCGCAAUAAUUAAUCUCGCAUUUGAGUCCAUUCUUCAAAAUUCGCAAUAAUAAAUGCACGCAAUAAUUUCUUGAAUUUACAGUACUCUCAUCCUCCAGUAUUUAUGUAAAUUAGUUUGUUGAAUUUUGAAUUCUGCAAACAACCACGUGAGACAACAGUAAACUGUAACCACAUAUUUACUAUAAAUUAGACUUCAAUACCAAAGUGAUAUUGGGAUGAAUAAGAGUAGCUUUUUUUUUUAAAUUUCACCCUUACAUUUCUUUUCAUAAUCAAGAUAUGCAUGACUUUUUCAUCUUAAUUGGUUAGUUUUAAAUUACUGGUAAAUAUAAAAUUACCAGGUUAGACUCUCAAUGUAUAGUUUUUUCAAAUAUGUCAUCUUUUUAAAUAGUAUUAGGGACAUGUGAAACAGGACAAAUUUGGUACCUGGGAGAGGUGGAACAAUUGGUGAUAUAAGCCAAUGUUAAACUUUUAAAAUUAAUCUUCCAACUCUUCUUAGCCUACCAUGGUUCAAGUCUAUGGUACAGCGUUUAUCUUAGGAAUCUUUAAAUGGAGGGUCUGCUGAAAUUUUGCAUGCAGAAACAUUGUAUUGAAUAGGUUCGUUUUAAUUUCUUUUAUCUCCAUAUUUGACAGACUUCUGUAAAAGUUAACAUGUUAAACAGUCAUUGAUACGUUCCUAAAUGAUUGAUUGAUUAAUGAUUGCUUAACAUUGAUGCUUUAAUGUCCAAUAGUCAGAUAAAAGUAGGGAAAACAUAAGUUUGGUGUAGUCCACUUAGGUUUAAAUGUAUGAAUAAAGAUUUUUAAAUGGCUUCAACAUGCAUACACUAUGGCUUUUGCCCAUAUAUUCUGUUUUGGGAACCAAAAAUUGAAGAAAACCUUUUAAUCAUAGAAAGCCAAUUUUUUUAGUCCAACUUAACAACUAAGACCACUGAAAUUAUGGUAGAAAGUCUAAUUUUGUGCUCUUAAUUGCUGGGUGAGAAAACAGUUGUGGCUUAUUCUAAAAAAAGGUUUGAAGGAUUUCUGCACAAUAGAAUAAAAGAACUUGAAUAGAUAAAGCUGUUGGUGGUCAUCAUACGUCCCAUUAAAGAUUGUGACAUUUGACCGAGUGUGGAUUUGCAUGAGGGAUAAUGCUUACAUAGCAGGAGAUGCUUACAUUGUGUACACAGACGGUCUUGCCUUUUUUUUGGAAUUCAUGCAAAUCCGUCCAUUUUUUGUUGUUGUUUAUCUACCUUGAUUUGUAUUUUCUUGAUGAAUUAAAUGAGAUUUGAACAUAGGUUAAUUACUGUUGACUUUAGUUUAAACAUUAUAUCAAGUACAGCUGAUAAGAACCAAUUUCAAAUUAAGUUUUUUAGUGGUAUAUUAAGCUUAUCCAAUAUGAAAAACCAAAAGUUAUUUGAUUUUAAAAAUAUUACUAAAGAAAUAGAAACCCUUAGUGCAACAAUGUAUGGAUUAUAAUUCCUCACAUAAAGAAUAAAGAAAUAUUUGUUAAUGUUUAUGUAUUGAUAUUGUUAUAAAAGGAAAUUUUUACCUAUUCAAUUAACUUUAUAUGUUUCAAUAGAGUAUUGGUAAAUGUUUUUUACUAUUUAUUAAAUAUGUUCAGCUUACAAAAAUGUAUAGUUUUGUUGGAUAUUGAUGAAGAAUAAACAAAUAUUGAUGAUUA